CCGAUACAUCCUCUUAACUUUUAAGUAUAGCAAAAGAGGUCCUCAGAAUCAGAUUAUUCCUGCCUCUCCCAUUGACUGGGGCUCUCCAUUCGUCAUUUCGCUCGGUUUUGGCGCUUCUUCUUCUUCUUCCUCCUCUUUCGGUUCCUUCUCUUAACAGUUAAAUCCGAUCGUUCUGUUGCGGUGAAGUUCCUUUGAAGCCAAUAGAGAAGCUCUCUAGUCAAUCCUCCCUCUCGGGUAAGCUCAAUCUUCAUCUCCAGUUCUCAGUGUCUUCUUGUUUCUGUGGUGCAUUGUCCCUUGAAAAAAAAAAAUUGUCUUUCUUCAUUCGGGUUUAGGGUUCUUGAUACUUCGUUCAUUCCUCCACUGAACUUGUUCAUUUUCCCUGGAGUAAUCGGUGAGUGCUUCCUCUUGUCGCCAUUGAGGCCUCCCCUGCUCUCAUUCUGCAUAGGAUUCUUAGCUUGUUUGUUGGGCAUUCAAACCUCCGCUGAACUUAGCUAGGUAGAAUGGAUGUUACUGGAGGAAAAAAAAAACAUUUUGAGUGUGAUAAUUCGGUCGGGGUUCAUUGGGAGACUCAGCUUUAGCUAGUAUUUCAAGUCGUGAAUCUUGUUGGAGCCUCUUUCGGAGGUAGGAGUUUCAGUGAAUCAGUAGCAGCGAAAGCACCUUAUGAGCCAGUUUGGUGACGGUAGGAUUGAAGUUGUCAGGUUUCCCUUGUUUAUCGAAUAGUUCUGUUAGUACGAUGUUGUUCGCUUUGAGAUUCUACCUUUUUUUUAAGGUGAAAAAGAAACAUAUUUUUAGCAGGGAAAAAAAUACCUAAACAAAAGAAUCUCAAGUUUUAGCUCAGGUCUUAAAUCUUUCAUAAUUAGAGAGACGUAUAAAAUCUCCAAUGCCUAUAUUGUGUGUCAGGAUGAAAUAAAAAAUUGACACAUUAUUCCAAUUACAUCUAAAUACUUCAUAUCUAAUAAAAUAAAGAAAUAUUCAAUACCUUUUGAAAUUUGAAGGUUUCAACAAUUUUAGAAGGGAUUAAUAGAUUAAUUAUCUUAUUAUUCAGGGAAAUAUUCUCUAAAUAAAAUAAAGAAAAGGAAAACCUAAGUGGAAGCAAUUAUUAUCAAACUAAUAAAAGGGGAAAAAGAAACGCCACAUUUACUCCACCCCACCGUUUCCCUCUUUUCCCCCAUUGAACAUUGAUUCCACAAUUCGGGUACAAUUCCGGAUCCCCGAACCCGACCAAUCGCAACGGUAAAAAAAGGUCCGGAAAAAAAAAAUAGCUGGCUGUCUGCCGAAUGCCGAUAACUAGCUUUAAUGUAGAAAAAGACAAAUAAAAAAAAAGCACCCGAAUUCGGACCAAACCCUAACCCUAACCGGACCCAAGAAAAACCCAGUGAAAGGUCAUCCUUUUCCACCACGCCCUCGUCUCGGCCCCGCUCUCCGCUCUCGCCCUUCCCCUGCUGCUGCUGCUGCUGCUCCUCCCUCUCUCUCUACUUCGACUACUGAGCUCUCUCCCUCUCUGACUUUACUGUUUCUCUCUCUAGGAUUUAGCUUUUAUCCUUUCUUUGUCGCCAAUCCCGUUCGUUUGGAAAUACAGCCGCCGUCAAUGGAUGUUUUGGGCAGUGUGAGCUCUGCGGAGAAGAGGGCCGAGUGGGUUUCCUCUGUUGUGGAAGCUAUGGUGGUGGAAGCUGCCGUUGCUGCUGGAAAGGCUCUUGCUUGCCUGCUCUUUAUGGCUGGAUCACUGGUCGCUGAAGCUGAGGCAUUGGCCAAUCUGACUGCUGUAGAACAGAGGUUUCCUUUUAGCAAGCUUCACGAGAAGGAAUGCUCCAACACAGAAGAAAACAAAGAUGCCAGUGACACCGAGGACGAUGGUGAAGAUGACGAGGACGACAAUGCAGAGGAUGAUGAUGACGACGACGAUGCUGGUGACGAGGAUUUCGCGGGUGACGAAGGAGCAGACCCGGAAGACGACCCUGAAGCUAAUGGCGCUGGAGACUCCGAUGAUGAUGAGGAGGAGGCUGAUGACGACGAUGAUGAUGAGGAUGAUGAUGAUGCCGAGGAUGACGACGAUGAUGAUGAGGAAGAUGAGGAGGAAGAAGAUGAUGAUACUCCUCAGCAACCACCGGCGAAGAAGAGAAAAUGACUUGAGAGGAGUGAUUGACAAAUGCGAGGGAAAGAGAGGGACAGUAUGCUGUUGUUUAUUUUUACUUUCGGUUUGAUCUUUCCCUCUGUCAAGAGUAGUUAGGUCUCCUAGGAGGAGGGAAGAUUGAGUUCAUGUCAGGGUCUGGAUAGGGUUAGUAGAGUCUCCUUCGUUGAUCGUCGUUGACAUGGUUAUGGCUUCUGUUGGUGUGCUGCUGAUGCUGAUGCCCUUCUGUUGUUACAGAUUAUUAUUGUGGUGUAUAAUGUUUUCCUAUGUUGUCUCUGUGUGAUCUCUGAUUCAUAUUAACUUUGACUUGCAACUCGAACUAACCUAUCCUGAACUCAACAGCAGGAUAUCCAGAAUACUGAAUUUGAGUAUUUGACCAAACCUGGCAACCUGAUUCAAUCCAUUUGCAACCAGGUUUGACCAACAGACAAUGGCAUGUAACCCGCCCAGCAUAUAAGCCUACAGAAGUCAAACCAAAUGAUUGAUAAACCGAUCGAUACACCGCCCAAAAUUACUCGUGAUUUUAACCCAAUUACGAUUAAUAUAAACCAACCACGAGUGGAUUCACCAAAUUUGGCACACACCUCCAGCAUCCACAUUGGUAAUUGGAGAAAUAAAGUAAUUGAACUAUUUUCCGAGGAGGAGCAUUAUUGACGGGUUUAAGUUCGUAGGGGUGGUAUUUGGUCGGUAUUCGGUAAGCAGUUCAAUCUAUAACCAUUUAGCCAAGCUAGAUCCUAGCCUCGAAUUGGAGGCAGCAGAUCACCAUCUUAAAUGAUCAUCCCAACACAGCAGAACAAUGAUUAACACCAUACUUAAACCAACACUUCCAGAGUAACUAGCCCGACAUUUACUCAGCGUACUAAUCAUGUCUAUAUCCAACUUCAGAAAGCACUCGUCAAAGUUCAUUUCCCAGAAGUACAUUGCAGUUGCAGAAGGCUGUAAAGUGUAAUAAUAACAUUGCAAGUGGCUGCAAAAGGCUAUGGAUACCAAGAACUGGUUCAGCGGUGCAAGAAAAUUGAGAUUGAGACGGAACAAAGACUGCCGACGUGGCUUUCUUCGAUCAGAAAUCCAGAUCAAGACCAAAAUAAUCACACCAGACAGAUUUCAUUUCCACAGUGAUCACGAACGUUACACCUACAAAAAAAAAAAUGGUACAUAAGAUAUACUGCAACUCUUCCAUAGUUCGAUACAGUAAUGAUUAAAGAAGACCAAGAGAU